AUGAAGCCACGUGAAACAUCAAUUGGUGUUACGGCUCGAACGUGGGUUUGCACGUUUGCUGCCGAGCCGUGUCAACGCUCGAGUUCCCAGGGCGAUCUCACGUGUUACCUUGAUGGUGCACAAUGGUAGAAAAAUUAGUCAACUUAGCGAGCUCUUGCUUCCUCCUCCUAUACUAUAUCGCUAGGUUGCUUCAAGAAUCAUCUUCCGUCACUCUCACAUACAUAGCUUCUCAUUCACCAUAUGGGGCUUCUUGCUCGACCAGGGAAGAGGGGUUCAUUGGAAGGGGAGAUGUCGUCGGACGGCGGGACCUCCCAGAUGGGCGUCCUGGGCGCGCUGGGCCUCUCGGUCACGUCGUCGGUGGCCAUUGUCAUCUGCAACAAGUACCUCAUGGGCAAACUUGCCUUCAUCUUCGCAACGACGCUGACGAGCUGGCACUUGCUGGUGACCUUCUGCACGCUGCACGUCGCGCAGCGCCUGCGCUUCUUCGAGCCGAAGCCAAUCGACACUCAGACCGUCAUCUCCUUUGGGUUUCUUAAUGGGAUCUCCAUUGGCCUCCUCAACCUUUGCCUUGGCUUCAACUCAGUUGGCUUCUAUCAGAUGACCAAGCUGGCCAUUAUACCCUUCACCAUAGUCUUGGAAACCAUCUUUCUGAGCAAGAAGUUCAGUCGGAGCAUCAAGGCCUCUCUCAUGGUCCUCCUCCUAGGAGUCGGCAUCGCGUCGGUCACCGAUCUCCAGCUCAACCUCCUCGGCUCAAUCAUUGCAGUCCUCACCAUCGCAGCGACGUGUGUCUGCCAGAUUCUCACCAACCAAAUCCAGAAGAGGCUCAAGGUGUCUUCCACCCAGCUCUUGUACCAGUCCUCGCUGUACCAAUCCGCUGUGCUGCUCAUCACCGGCCCCUUCGUCGACAAGCUCCUGACCAACAAAGAUGUCUUUGCUUUCCCCUACACCUUCAAAGUCGUGGUGUUCAUCCUGAUGUCGUGCACAAUCGCGGUGUCUGUCAACUUCAGCACGUUCCUUGUGAUCGGCACGACAUCGCCGGUGACAUACCAGGUGCUGGGCCACCUCAAGACGUGCCUCAUCCUCUCCUUCGGCUACGUCCUGCUCAAGGACCCCUUCACGUUCCGGAACAUGGCUGGCAUCCUCGUCGCCAUCUUCGGCAUGGGCCUUUACUCCUACUUCUCCGUCUCCGAGAGCAGGAAGAAGAACGAGGUCGGCCCAACGUUGCCCGUCAACACCCAGAUGAGCGAGAAGGACUCUGCACCGCUCCUCGGUGCAAAGACCUCGCCGUGGCAGGAGAGCAAUGUGUUGGAGAGCUUCGACGACGUGCCGAGGACGGCGAAGAGCGCGUUUAGCCGGCAGAUGAAUGCGUAGCUUCUUAGGAUUGAGGGAUGGUAGAGAUACAGCAAAAUGUAUUCUUUCUCGUUGGAGUUUCUCUCAUGAUGAAAUGUAUUCUUUCCCGAGCUUCUGAAGGUGGUGCUGCAGUGUGAUUUUAGGACCCAAGAAAGUUA